CGCUGGCAGAAUAAACAUUCUACUCUUUUGUUAUUUGGGGAAAACAGUUAAAACAUCUUUUCUUGGGUCAGGAGAUUCGCCUCCUAACUUACAGUCCGUGGCUGCAUUUUGUUUCUCCAUCCUUAAUUCACAUAAUUCAACCCCUGUUCACUCCUUGUACCGAAUCACUGUGACUUUAUCUUUCUUGUUGCCCUCAUUUCUCUAGCUGAUCAGAGAGCUCCUCUUUAAUUUCCGCUGGCUUUGAGAAAUGUCUGCAAGAAUAGUAUCUUCCUUGGCAGACGAAAAUAGUCAUGUGCAGAAGCAGAUUGGUUGUAUUAAUGGGUUUUUUCAGCUAUUUGACACACACCAUUUCCGACGUCUCUACGCUCAAAAUCACAAAAGGCUACUAUUCUCAGGUGCGAUGAACGAUAUGGCAGCCAAAUAUGCAACAGAAAUUGAAAUAGAAGCUAUCACAGCAAGAGAGUUGCCCUCAAACGACACAUUGAAAGCCUCCUCCUGCUCUUUUUUAAGUCCAUCUACUUCUUCAACACUGCAGGACAACAAAAGAGUACAACAAGCGCCACUUUGUCGUUCUCUAAGUAACUUAUCAGAAUCUCCUUCACAAAUCCUACCAGCCAAGCAAUCAAGUCUUUCUCAUUCAGGUCGACACUCUCCUGAUCUCCGAGAUGUAGUUAAGGACUCAAUGUACAGGGACACCCGCAGUUUAUCUGUAAAAACUGUUGCUAAAGUAGAAGGUAGAGUCCGCGUGAUGAAGCACAUAGAUUCUCCGAGGCCUCUUCAGCACUCGAAUUAUGGGAAGGCAUCCAGUGGAACAGCACGUGGUCCUGCAAAGCUUUGUGAAGCACAUUGGAACGCAGAGGAAGAUAAAGUUGGUUUCCUACAGUGUGCACCAAAGGACCGUCCUUGUUUCUCAUGUGAUGGAAGAGAGUCAACAGAAACGAUGCAGUCUAUGAUGAAGCUAAAAGAUCUUCCUAGAUUGUCACUGGACAGCAGACAACAGUCCUUGAGGAGAUCAGCCUCUGAAUCCAGAUCAAAUUUUCUUUUAGGGGAUCAAGAACUGCAAUGUCGUAAUCGAUCUUCCAGCAUUGUAGCAAAGCUAAUGGGGUUGGAACCUUUUCCAAAUCCUGUUCCCUCAACUGAUACUGAGAUUGUGACACCUAACACUUCCUCGGCUAAGGAUUCUAUUUUUAUAUCAACAAGAUCAGCUCGAAAGAGCAAGACAAAUCAAGUUACCAUGUCACCACAGAUUUUGAAAUGGGAUUUUGCCUCUCCGCAGAUGAAAUCCACCAACUCAAUCAUGAGAUCUGCCUCAUCUUCAGGGCUUCCACAAGAAUCUGCUAGCUGGAGGCAACAAGAGGCCAGUCGAGCCUCCAAAAAAACAUCUGUCAGAUACAAGGAUAUGGAAGCUUCACCACAGAGUCCACACCUUUCUUACUCUGUUUAUUGCGAAAUUGAGAAAAGGACAAUAGAACUAGAGUUCAGAAGGGCUGGGAGUGAUCUCAGCGCUCUGAAACAGACACUUCAGGCAAUGCAGAAGACAAGAGAAAGGUUAGAAGGCCAAAGAGCUCCGCAGGCAUCUGAUGCUGAGUUGCAAUCAGUGCAGCAGAGGAAGCAACGUAGCCCACCAUCACUAACUAAAAAGGUGACUUACCCACCAAAAAGAUCAGAAUCGUCAAAUUUGACACCAAAACCAGCCGAACAAAAUGAUAAAAUCAGACUCGCAAGUUCCGCUGCCCCAACUGCAAAUGUCUCCAAAUUUCAAGAAAUUUACACUCAAGAGCUUGUAUAUAACAAAGAUGACACAGUUGACAAGCAAACAUCCAAAGGUAUGACACCUAGAACGUACAAUGCCACGUGCUCUGGCCGUUAUCUUCCUUCCCCAGAUAAGAAGACUAAAGGAAGAACAUUAAAGGCAGUGCAAACAACCUCUUGUCAACAAAGGGAAGGAACUUCCAGUCCUGUACUAGGAAAGAAUUAUGGAACUUUAAGUCCAAGACUACAGCAGAAGCAACAGUGCAUGGACAAACAAGCUUGUCAGACCAUUCAAUCAUCAGGAACCAGCAAGGUUAAAAGGCAAUCAAUUAAGCAAAUUAAAGAACUAGGGUCUUCAAAAAGGAAUCAGAAAGCAAAACCUAGCAAUAUGCAACAAACUGAUGAUCUAACUGAAAUCAGCAGUUACAAAAGAAAUUUAAGUGAGCAUGCUGGUGCAGUUUCUGUUCUAACGGAAAUCAACAACAGUUUGGAGUCACAUGCAGAAACAGAAGCAAGCACAAAUUGUUCCUUCCAGAUUGAUGCUAAGAGGCAAGAGGACAAUAAAGAAAGAGGUGACACAUUGAGGCUUAGUGAAGACACACCAACGAAUGAACUUGCAAUAGCAACAGUUGAACAACUAAGUCAUGUCUCAGUGCUUAAUGCUAUAUUCUAUGUCGGAGAUUCACCAUCUCCAGUCAAGAAGAACGUUGUGACUGCUUUUAGAGGUCCGGAUGUUUGGUGUCGAGAUGACCUAGAUCAUUCACCUUACAGGACCAGACUUGACCUUGACAUCGAGUCCAACCAUAAGAUAUUAGAAAGCAAGGAUGAAUUGGUUCAUGAACUCAAAAAACCAAACUCCACCAUCCACGAAGCAAACAUGGAUCAACUUGCACCCUUAUGCCAGAACCACGAUCCAGACCACAGAUACAUUACUAUGAUACUACUGUCAUCUGGCCUUCUAAAAGAUGUGGCCUCCACAUCCUUAUGCCAGAACCACGAUCCAGACCACAGAUACAUUACUAAGAUACUACUGUCAUCUGGCCUUCUAAAAGAUGUGGCCUCCACAUCCUUAUGCCAGAACCACGAUCCAGACCACAGAUACAUUACUAAGAUACUACUGUCAUCUGGCCUUCUAAAAGAUGUGGCCUCCAUGUCCACAACCAUUCAGCUUCACUCACCCAGCCAUUUGAUCAACCCAAAGUUGUUCGACAUCGUAGAGCAGACUGAGGAAAGCAGUUUGCUAGCAACUGAAGAACACAGUGAAGAGAUUGCUCAGAUAAAAUUUGAUCAUAAGACAAGUAGGAAAAUCAUAUUUGACACCGUCAAUGAGAUUCUUGUCCGCAAACUAGGUUCAGAUAACAAUUUAAUGCAGAGAAAGUGUUGGAAUGCAAUGCAGCUUCUGAAAGAACUUAAGUCAGAGAUAGACCAUUUCAAUUCUAAAAGAGAUGUUAGCAUGGACUCUGAAGAUGAUGAAUUGAUCAGCAUUCUAAAUAAAGAUAUGAUGCAUCAAUCAGAAGAUUGGACAAAUCAUCACAAUGAGACCCCAGUGGUGGUAUUGGAUGUUGAGCGCUUAAUAUUUAAAGACCUGAUUAGAGAAAUCAUUAGUGAUAUGACUACCGAACAGCAUAAAACACCAAGACAGCGUUGUCGAUAA